AUGUCGGACUCGCUGUCUCAGAUGACGGGCGUGCGAAUGCGCACGCCACUCACCGCGUUGACCUAUGUCCAUACACACCCCAAAUCCUUCCAGAACUUCGACCAGCAUCUGGGAUCUGGGGAUGGUGCGAGCGUCGCCGUGAUUUCCGUGCAUCUCGAAUGUGUGGCAUACAAAGUAUCACAUGUACCCCUCCGAGUCCACCUUUUGUCGCCUCGAGAACUUGUUCACGUAGAUCUCGACGGACAGCCGCUGUCAGCGCCACCUUCGGACUUCAUGGGGAACCAUGCUGCGUCGGAACUGAAAAGCAUCGAGAGGGCCAGUACUCUUGUUCUCGGUAUCCUCACAACACAUGGGCGAUGUGCGAUCGCAUCGGUGCAAUCACACGUAUGGGCGCACACAUGGAAUACCCUGGUUUUCAGGCGCCCGCCAACUCGACGUGAUGAUGGUCCUCCCCGAAGUCCAAUAGCCGAAGUGCCCGAGCCCUACCUCAAUGAUCCUGAUGACCAUAAAAUGACUACCCAUUCACCUUUUCUGUGCUCACGAUUCCCGCGGGAGAAGCUCAAGCGGCUUUCAUCAAUCUUCCCCACAAAGCUAGAUGUCGACGCUGAAGAACACACAUGGAGCGCAGCAGCUUAUAUGCAUCAGACACAACGUAACGCUCAUCGGAGGGUUCUAAAACGGGAUGCAGACCUACCAAAAAGAGGAACCCUCCGCCUGCACUGCUUCAGCUUGGCCGCUCGCACCAGACAUCCAAGGCGCCCCAGAGAACUCACCACACACCGCAUUGGGCACAAUCUGUCUGGAGUCGCUCGCGUCGGAGAGGCAAAGAUUGUCAGCACGAUAGGACCCGAUCUCGCGUCGACACCAGCUCAUCGUCUCUUCAACCUCUGUUGUGUUGGAAAAUCGCACCUUACAUUGAAAUCGACAGCAACUCUCCUGACUGCAUGUCAGGGCAGGAGACGCGCUUCUAAGCCUCUCAUGCCCAUUGAGGACGACGGUGAUAACAACGGCAACGUCGAUGGGGGCGGACGAUUCGCAUUCUCUCGAGUCGGCUAUCAGAAUUCGGGCUGUCAGCGACGUGUGGGUGGCGCGUACGGGCGUCACAUUGCAUGCCAUUUGAAUUCGCAAGGGGUAACACGACCUUCAACGCGUAAGGGGCUGUAA